UAUAAAACAAAAAAUCCGAAAGAUAUAGGGAAACGACCCCAGAUGACCGGGAUACCUAAGGAGCCCGAUGGCUCCUGGGCAAGUGAAUCUAUUUCUAAUGCAAAAAAAAAAGUCAAACUUGACUCUAAUAUUAUAAUAAUGCCGCUAAUGAAGCAAAAUGAAGGAAAAGAUGACGAGCAACUUAAAUAUGACACAGAACAUGGAGGACCUUUCGUGGUGUAUAUUGACAACAGAUGCAAGGACCAAGAAAGAAAACCAAUCAAUGCCAUAACCAUAUCGAAUGUACUCAAGAAAUUCAACCUAGAUGGAAUUGACGAAGUAGUAAAGGUGGGAUACGGUAGAGUGAAGGUCGGAUAUAGGAAUGCAGAGGUAGCAAACAGUGUUUGCUACGAUAGGCGACUUAAGGACAAGGGUUAUGAACCAAAAAUCUUACAACAUUGUUUGUCGAAGACGGGAUUGAUCUUUGAUAUCCCCACAGACAUUCCAGACGAAGAACUCCUACAAGACUUAAAGUCUCCGAUACCUAUUAUGAAAAUUAUUAGAGUAGAAAGGAGGGAUAGAGAAGAUAAGGAAAAGAAGAUACCAACCAGGAGAAUUAAAAUUUUUUUCAAGGGCCAGAAGCUGCCGAGUCACAUUUACUAUGCUUAUACGAAAAUAGACGUAAAACCCUUUAUACCGCUGACACAAUGUUACAGAUGCUUUCGGUUUAAUCACUUCGCGCAGAAUUGUAAGGAACAACAGGAGAAAUGCAAGAAAUGUUUCCAAGUACACUCGGAAGAGGAGCAAUGUAAGAAGGUAGUGUGCGUUAACUGCAAGCACGAGCACGCGCCAACAUCUAAAGAUUGUCCGGCUCGUGUAAAAGCUUUUAUUAUAAAAAGGACAAUGACCUUGGAAAACGCAACAUAUAAAGAAGCACAAAAAAAAUUGACAAGCAUAUUGGGGAACAGGUUUGAAAUAUUGGAUGGUUACAAUGAGCAAUUCCCGCCUAUACAGAAGAGAACCAGAGACUUUCAAAUGGAAACAAGAAAAGACACAACAGCAUAUAUACAUGAAAUUCUACCGUACAAUAAAGUUGUAAAAUAUAACCAAAACAGAAUAAGGGAAGAAAUGAAUGCAUCUAAUACAAUGCAGGAAUGGAGAGACGCCAUACAACCUAUCAACUUAAAUGAAAUAAGAAUUGAAACACAAAAAAUCAAAGACACACAGGACAGUUUUAAUGAACUCAAUUUAGCUAUAACUAAACAUUUGACAUCAAAUGUAAACGAAAGAUUAAACCACAGCACAAUUGAAUUAUUUAACAACAUCCGCACAACAAUCAACAAAAUUAAUAACAUAUUUGAUAGCACUUUAAUAACAAAUAGUACAAAUACUAGAAGAUUGGGACACAACAACAACUUAACAUAAACAACAAUUAUGAAAAUACUACAACUGAAUGUUCAGAGCUUGAA